AAGUUACACAACAAUUGUCUCUCCUAGCACCGCAAACUCAAAGCUGAAUAACUUCACACUCAUGGAACCCACAUUGCAACUGCUCGGAGUUUCCUUCGACCUGAGCAUGGCCCAAGCAGUGAUGCGGGAGCAGCACGGUGCCGCCACACGGCUGCUUUAUCAGCUCUUCAUACUGCUUCAGAAGAAGAAGAAAGCCGGCCUGACCGGCACAGCUAUGGAGGCUAUGCAGCCAGCUGCCACAGCUUGCCUCCACCGUGUGGAGAAUGACAUUUACUCUGAGGUAAGUGGAAUAAGGCUCCCUCACCCCAUCAUGGCUGCUUCAUUCAUUUGUUGUCGCUCCCUAGACAGCUAGUUGGACACUGAAAUUGCUUUUCAUGUAGCCUGAGUGAUCUAGCGUUGUAAUUUAUUUUAUUAAACCUUUGUUUUGACAGGGUUAUACUGAGUUAUACUGAGACUAGGGUCUCUUUUUCAGAUGAGCCCUGCAUCAAUACAUCGAACAUAUAUACAACAUACAAACUUACAAAACAUUAAGAAAAACAGGCACGUUUAUCAACAUAGAGGUCUCUGAUCAUUACUCUGAACUGACCAAGGGGGGCCAGAACAUCACAUUUUCAGAGAGCUCUGUAAGUUGUUCCACAUAAAGGGCGCAAAAAAAACUAAGAGCAGCUUUACCCAACUCUGUGAAGACCAAAGGGGCAUCCAGUGUUCUCCAAGCCUGUGACCGGGUUUGCCUACAUCACACAUGUUUGCCAGUGUCGAUGUGGCUUUGAAUCUGACCCACUGCCUUUGUGACACACUCUCAGUCUAUAUUUUCCACAAUAUCUCCUUUGACCAAUAAAAAUACAUGUUUUUGUAAUACUUUUUUUGUAUCUGUCUUUGUUAUCCCAGCGCCUGAGGACAGUCGUCAAGAGAGAGGCUGAUCUGAAACUCCAAAAAAUCGCUCUGAAGUAUGAAAUCAAAGGUCGAGAGAUAUAUGACAAGUCUGUCAUGGCCCACUCUGUGAAGGAGCAGAAACAGCAGAAAGUGCAGGAAGUGAUGAGACUCCAGGACAUUGAAAAGGUAUCAGAAAGAAUCCAUGUUCACACUACACUUAGCCUUGGGCUAACAGCCUCCUAACCCUAAUCCUAACAGCCUCAUUAGCCCUGCGCUAACAGCCUCCUAACCCUAACAGCCUCCUUAGUCCUGGGCUAACAGCCUGCUAACCAGUGAUGUGUAUUAACCCUGGAUGACUGACGGGGCGCUGUAUUGAAGCGCAGUCAUCUUGGUACUCUUCCUCCAUUGUAAAAAAGAUUUGGGAAGCUAUAGAAAUGCAUUUGUUAAUGUCUACAUAUGUUUUUGACACGUCUAUUUUAUUACAGACACCUUAAUGCCUACUUUUACAUUAUAUUAUGUGAGCUAAACAUAAAAAUCCUGAAAGUAUUUUUUUUUUAGAGACUGCUAAUGUUACUGUCCCCACUAACAACAAAAUGCUUAAAUAUAAUAAUAUAAUAAUACAUGUUAUUUUGUACUUGAAACAUUUAAUUGAAAUACUGUAGAAUUCCAUUCAUUCCUAUGGAGGACUGCUCCUACUGGGGAGUGACAAUAUGGCCGACCGGUGGCUUCAAAGCCUCUCAAUGGCCAAUACAUAGCAUCAGCAAUCCAGGGUUUAUAUACAUCAUUGCUACUAACCCUAACAGACUCCUUAGCCCUGGGCUAAGAGAGAUUGUAGCCCGGAGCUAAGCUAAUAUUCACACUUGCAUAGUGGGAUAGCACAAAACUAAAGGCCAGGGCUAACUGGCCCUGCUCCGGAGCAGGGUUAGCACCGACCUUUUGGGGCUAGCCAAUCACAGACUUCAAUUGUCGCAUUGUGGGGUUGUUGUGGAUGAUGAAAAGACUGAAGGAAAAGCUGCUCCUCUCCAAUGUUAAUCAGUGCUUACUGCAUACUGAACUGCUCUGGUCAUAUACAUAUAGUGAAGUGAAUGAAUGAUGUGAGAUGUUUAGCUACUCAAUCUGGAUGCCUAGCUAGUGUGCAUAUUGGCUACGUUGACAUAAUAUUGUCAUUGCAGCACCGACAUGCACGCAGAAAGCAGCAUGAGAUAAUGACUCGGAUUCAGACCGCCAUCAUCCAAAUUCCCAAACCUCCGCCCAACCAGACAUUGAAGGCCCUGGAGAAACAACAACAGAACCGGAAGAUACAGGAGGCUCAGGUGAAGAAGAAUGUCUAUAUUGUAAAGUAUCAGGCUAUGUAAAAAGGGUUUGGAUUGUCAGGCAAUGAGAGGAGACAUGACAGUCGACGGGACAGAUAAUAUAACGUAUUAUACACUCCAGGGUGAAGUUUCCCCUAGCUACAUAUCUAGGAUCAGCUUCCUCUCCACUAAUCCUAACAUUAACCAUUAGUGGGGGAAAUGCAAAACUGACCCUAGAUCAGCGUCUAGGGGUAACUUCACCCUACACCAUUAUACUUCCACUAUGCGUUGGUUUCACAUCAUACUGUGGAUCAUUUCCAUAGAACUUCACAGGCCCUUGUUGACAUGACCAAUCUCUCCGUUGACAUUUCCUUACAGAAGGUUCACAUGGAAAUCGCCCAGUUUGAGAAGAACAGGAAGAAGUUGUCACCUGCUGGCGGCUUUGGCACCUCCUCUUUGAGGUAAGUAUUGGAAAAAAUCCCAACCGCAAAUCUUCCCAAAUAUUUCCCCCCCAAAAAUGAGUUGGCUAACAAUAGUUCAACUGAAAAGUCGUAUGUAUCAAGUGUUUCAGAGUAGGGGUGCUGAUUUAGGAUCAGGUUCCCCCUUUCCAUGUGCUUGUAUUAAUUAUGAUCUAAAAGGCAAAGCUGAUCCUUAAUCAGCACUCCUACUCUAAGAAGCUUGAUACAUGCGGGCCCUGAACUAUCAUCCACCCUCCCCACAGUGCCCAGCAGAUGUCCUCUUUUCACACUGAGGCCCCCAGAAGUCAUGGCUCCCAGUUGCAGAGGCCUGAGGAGCUGGCCCGGGUUAACAGCGAGUACAUCCAGAAAAUCCGCCAGAGGCUGGAGGAGGAUGCAGCAGCUCGCCAGCAGAGGGAGAAACGCCGCCGCCGCGUCCUAGUGGAACAACUGAAAGCCCACGAGGCCCAAGAGGUGAGCAGCUACACAGACAGUGUAUGACCUUUCAUACUACUUGAUGAUGAUGAUGAUGAUAUUGAGGAUGACCCAUGUUCAGCACUAGUAACCAGUCACAUAGUCAUUUGUGAACAGGUGUAAAACCUACACACGUCAUUUCCAAGAUCGGCGUCUAGAGCCAACUUCACCCUACACAAAUGGUGUCCUUUUGUGGUGCAGGAGGCCCUUCGAGAGGAGCAGCUGGUGGAGCGUCUGACCCGUCAGUCCCAGCUGGAGAGACGACUGGCCGUCCAGCUCAUGCAGCUCCGCCAGCAGAAGGACGUUCUCCGACAGAACCGUGUGUUCCGCGAGAGACAGUACCAAGAGCAACGGCUGAGGGAUUUCCAAGAGGCCUUGGAGAGGGAGGCGGUGAGAUCCAUUUAGCCCAUCGGAUGGUCCAUAGAUGGACUAUAGACCAACGUUUCCCAAACUCGGUCCUCGGGACCCCAAGGGGUGCAAGUUUUGUUUUUUGCCCUAACAUUACACAUGAUUAGUUGAUUAUUUGAAUCAGCUGUGUAGUACUAGGGCAAAAACCAAAACGUGCACCCCUUGGGGUCCUGAGGACCGAGUUUGGGAAACCGUGCCAUAGACCAUAGAUAGAACAUAGAUCAUAGAUGGACCAUAGACCAUAGAUGGACCAUAGACCAUAGAUGGACCAUAGGACCAUAGAUGGACCUGACAAUAGAUAGACCUAUAUGGACCAUAACCUUAGAGGACCAUAGCCAUAGGCAUAGUUUGACCAUAGCCAUAUAGUGACCAUAGGCCAUAGAGACCAAAAGCCAAGAUGAACCUAACCAUGAUGGCCAUAUGGACCAUAUACUUGAGGACCAUAGACCAUAGGCCAUAGAUGACCAUAGACAUAUAUGGAAUAGCCAUAGAUGGACAUAGAUAGGACAUAGAUGACCAUAGACCAUAGAUAGACCAUAGAUGGACCAUAGACCAUAGAUAGACCAUAGACCAUAGAUGGACCAUAGACCAUAGAUGGACCAUAGACCAUAGAUGGACCAUAGACCAUAGAUGGACCAUAGACCAUAGAUAGACCAUAGACCAUAGAUGGACCAUAGACCAUAGAUAGACAAAUAGACCAUAGAUGACCAUAGACCAUAGAUAGUCUGCUUGAGCAGUGCCCUCCUUUAGUCAAUCAUCAGCAGCCAACAUGCCAGAAGAAGUAGUGUGGAGGAUUUCCCCUUCAGUGAGACCCUGACCUCGUCAAGUAGAGGAUGUAUUGUACCUGCACAUUGUACAUAUAUACCUAGAAUAAGUGUAUCAUCAUGCAUGGUAAGUAAUGCCUCAUCUAGUUUAUCUACUUAGUUGUUCAAAAUUGGAAUGAUAGUAUUAUUAUCAAACAAAAGGAUUGCCAUGCUUCAAAAGAAAAACAGGGUAAAGUCAAGGAUAGUUUUGGGUGCUUUCAGGAGAAUAUUACUUCAUUUUUAUUUCGUAGUUUUACUAACGACAUGUUUUUGGAGUGGCUGGAUUCUGGUCACAAGGGGCAAUUGAACUAAGGUCCUUGCUAUCCGGUAAGAGUAGGGGUUAAGGUUAGGGUUAGGGACGUCCCAAGGAUCCCGGAAAAGCACUAACUAUUAAACUAAAAGCUAAUGUGAGGUUUGACCUUUGACCUGCCACUGAUGUAACAGGCUCUAGCACGCCAGGCCAGUUUGGAUCACGCCGAGGAGACUCGGAAGGAGAUGGAAGUACAUAACAGGAUAGCGGCAGAGCGCGCCCAGGCUCGCUACAGGAAGCACUUUGACAGCUGCAGAGAAAUGCUGGAGCAGAUAGUGGACCUGGCCACGAAAGCUGGGGAGUACCGCCUCCUCACUGGAAAGUACGUGCCACCAUUUGAGAGUGUGCUCUGUCUAGUUAUGUACCAAUUAUCUUGCCUUUCUCCCAAAGUGUGCGCUUGCUCACGUCCGUUUACUGAUUUGAGCGGAAAUCACUAGUAUAAGAAAUAUGGUGGAAACUCCCACUGGCCCAUGCGUCCACCAAUCCAACGCUUUUAGAUUUGUGGGAAGUAGUGAACGACUGCUCACUUCAGGAGAAAGGUUAUUGGGACACACCCUCAGUUUUUUUCUGUUGCCUUUUCUGCAAAUCAAUGCCCACAAAGAUGGUCUAUUAAGACAUAAUUGUCACAGUCAUGUUAAGGGGGGCAGAAAUCACUGAUUUAGCCUCGGGUUUCAAUCGUCCUCAUUAGGAAAUGCAACUGAGAACGAGAUUUGGGUCUUGGAGAUGUGCUUUGAUGUGACUGUCUAUUGUGUGUGUGUUUGCAUAUGGGAAGCAUUUGUACAUUCACUCUGCCAAAACAGUACACAGCUAGUCACUCACCCGUCUAGAUAACUUGAAAGUCUAACCAGGUCUUGUGUCUGGAAGUAGCCUAGGCUAGCGAGUGCUAGCCAAGUGCCAUAGUUGUGGCAAAGUUGGUUUGACUUUGGAUAGCCUAUCUGUGGGCCUAGUUAGGAACCGUCAAUAUAUUACACAAUGUAAAUGGGACAAUAUUUUCAUGUUGGACACCUUUUAGCUUUCUCAGUAAAUGCUUUUAAUAUUUGUAUAUUAAUUUCUACAAUUGAAAGUUUGUUUGAGGUUUUUAUGUCAUUGAAAUUUGGAGCUAUUGAAAUGUUUUAAUAUUGUCCCAUGUACAUUAUGUAAUUUACUGAUGUCCCUAACUAGCCCCAUAGGGAUAUCCAAAGUCAAACCAAAUUGACUAUGGUCAGUGUGCUGGGCAUUACAAUCGGGUCACGUGCAACUGUGCUCCGAAUUGAUGAUGGCUUGGGUGCUGCCAGCUGUGGGCAGGAUUGAAAUAAACCCAAUCAGAGGAAAACUGUUACGUACCCUAUAUUACGUGACAUACCCUUUUUUCCUAAUAAUCUCACAGAUCUCUGUUUUGGACGAGGCUGACUUAAUGACGAAAAUUAUCCUAUUUACACUUUGUAGUCAAUUUUGUCACUAGAAUAAAUGUUUGUGACUCACAUCGAUGCCACAUAGGCCAUUUUCAACCAGAUACGUUUUGAUUUUAUUCAGUCGAUCUUUAAGUAGAGUAUACAUGAUGUUCUGCACAAAUGUUUGAUAAAAUCUGAAAGACAAGGGUGUUUGUGAUUUGUUGAAUUAUACAAUUAUUAAAGUAAUGUAAGUGAAAAGGCUGCUAUAUCCAUUUAAUAAUACUAAAAGCACCCACAAUAUCAGAAGCCAGCUAUACAGUGCCUAUGGAAAGUAUUCAGACCCCUUGACUUUUUCCACAUUUUGUUAGGUUACAGCCUUAUUCUAAAAUGGAUUAAAUUGUUUUUUUUUCCCUCAUCAGUCUACACACAAUACCCCAUAAUGACAAAGCAAAAACUGGUUUGUAUAAAUUUUUUUGCAAAUGUAUUAAAAAUAUACAACUGAAAUAUAACAUUUACAUAAGUAUUCAGACCCUUUACUCAGUACUUUGUUGAAGCACCUUUGGCAGCGAUUACAGCCUUGAGUCUUCUUGAGUAUGACGCUACAAGCUUGGCACACCUGUAUUUGGGGAGUUUCUCCCAUUCUUCUCUGCAGAUCCUCUCAAGCUGUCAGGUUAGAUGGGGAGCGUUGCUGCACAGCUAUUUUUAGGUCUCUCCAGAGAUGUUCGAUCGGGUUCAAGUCUGGGCUCUGGCUGGGCCACUCAAGGACAUUCAGAGACUUGUCCCGAAGCCACUCCUGCGUUGUCUUGGCUGUGUGCUUAGGGUCAUAGUCCUGAGUGAUCUGGAGCAGGUUUUCAUCAAGGAUCUCUCUGUACUUUGCUCCGUUCAUCUUUCCCUCGAUCCUGACUAGUCUCCCAGUCCCUGCCGCUGAAAAACAUCCCCACAGCAUGAUGCUGCCACCACCAUGCUUCACUGUAGGGAUGGUGCCAGGUUUCCUCCAGAUGUGACGCUUAGCAUUCAGGCCAAAGAGUUCAUUCUUGGUUUCAUCAGACCAGAUCAUCUUGUUUCUCAUGGUCUGAGAGUCUUUAUGUGCCUUUUGGCAAACUCCAAGCGGGCUGUCAUGUGCCUUUUACUGAGGAGUGGCUUCCAUCUGGCCACUCUACCAUAAAGGCCUAAUUGGUGGAGUGCUGCAGAGAUGUUUGUCCUUCUGGAGGGUUCUCCCAUCUCCACAGAGGAACUCUAGAGCUCUGUCAGAGUGACCAUCGGGUCACCUCCCUGACCAAGGCCCUUCUCCCCCGAUUGCUCAGUUUGGCCGGGCGGCCAGCUCUAGGAAGAGUCUUGGUGGUUCCAAUCUUCUUCCAUUUAGAAAUGAUGGAGGCCACUGUGUUCUUGGGGACCUUCAAUGCUGCAGAAAUGUUUUGGUAUCCUUCCCCAGAUCUGUGCCUCGACACAAUCCUGUCUCGGGGCUCUACAGACAAUUCCUUCGACCUCAUGGCUUGGUUUUUUCUCUGACAUGCACUGUCAACUGUGGGACCUUAUAUAGACAGGUGUGUGCCUUUCCAAAUCAUGUCCAAUCAAUUGAAUUGACCACAGGUGGACUCCAAUCAAGUUGUAGAAACAUCUCAAGGAUGAUCAAUGGAAACAGAAUGCACCUGAGCUCAAUUUCGAGUCUCAUAGCAAAGGGUCUGAAUACUUAUGUAAAUAAGGUAUUUCUGUUUUUUGUUUUUAAUAAAUUUGCAAAAUAUUCUAAAAACCUGUUUUCGCUUAAUCAUUAUGGGGUAUUGUGUGUAUUGCUGAGGAAAUUGUUUUAUUUAAUCAAUUUUAGAAUAAGGCUGUAACGUAACAAAAUGUGGAAAAAGUCAAGGGGUCUGAAUACUUUCCAAAGGCACUGUAGAUUUUGAGGAGCUAAGCCAAUCUAAGAGUGUUAUCCCCGGUAGAAAUGAACAAUGUGUCAGAAUGUGAGUAUUUCACCACCCAGUAGGCACACACUGGUUGAAUCAACGUUGUUUCCACGUCAUUUCAAUGAAAUUAUGUUGAACCCAAUGUGGAAUAGACGUUGAAUUAAACGUCUGUGCCCAGUGGGCAGUUGUGUUUACUCAUACUCAUACCGUUAUAGCUUUGCUUGUGCAAAAUCGUUAGGUUAGCUCAAGGCACGACACGAUGGAAUCAUGUAUUUCUUGCUUGUCAAAUGACUUGACCAAUGAAAUCAAAUAAAGAAAACAACCUCAAAUUCUGUCUCAUUCUUCUCGUGAAAGUUUUAGUGCAUCUUGUUCACUUGUUUUGGUUCGAACAAUUAACAAUGUACUUGGAGGGAGGAGAAUUAGAAAUUAUAUGUAAAGGCAAAGCAGAAGACAAGUAGACAAGGGUGGGAGAGCAACCUUUUCAUUUUUGGACCGUAAGCAUUAAUUCGGUCAAGUGAUAAUCCAGCAGGACCGGCACAGUAUUCUGAGGGCAUCCAUUUAGAUGCAGCACAGCACUGAGUGUUCUUUGCUACUCUGUCCUGCAGUCUUAUCCCUGGGAAGUUGAUGCGGGAAUGGAAGGAGCUCUUGUUUUGCGGGAAGCCCCUGUAUGACAGUGGCAGUCUGGAGGAGCUACCUGCCGACCCCACCCCAGAGCAGUUCAUUGAGGUUGAGAAACAGGAGAUCCUUAACAACCAGGACUAUGAUGAGUAUAUGGUGAGUCCAUUAGUGUGAGGUCAUGCCCAAGAAAUUCUAUUCAGAAUUGUCCAAGAAAUGCUUUUCAGUGUGUAACUGGAAUUCAGAGGUUCUCAAAUUGUCUUGAAAUGGUGUCGCAAGUAAAGAAUAUGACUCGACUGAUAUGUUGAAUUUCACAAUGGUGCAGGUUUAUAGCCUGGUCCCAGAUCUGUUUGUGCUAUCGUGUUAAUUCCUUGUAUGCCUGGUACCCAGGCUAGCAGGUUCAGCGUUAUUGUUGACAAUAAUCCCAGUGUCUUUAGGUGUGUUCUAUGUGUUGAUUCUGUGUGUCAGAGCAUGACUGGUGAGUGGACCUGGCCAGAGGAGGGGGAGGCAAAGCCCCCCCCGUCCAACAACAAUAUCCUGGGACAUGUGGUGCUCCGCCUGCAGACUAUUGUGAACCCCCCCAAACCAGACACCCUUCCUCCCUUCUUUCCUCGGUUCACACUGAAAGCCUGUGUGCUGGGAAAGCUUUUCUCCGGGAAGAGCACAUGCUUAACCAGGAUUGCCCAAGGUAUCCCUCCAACCAUAUCAUGGAGUAUCACACAGUAUCAUGCAUUAUCACGCAGUAUCACACAGUAUCAUGCAGUAUCACGCAGUAUCAUGCAUUACCAUACUACUUCAUUUCUGGCAACAGAUUAGGUGUUGUCGUGUUGUCUUGCCUCGUGAGAGUCUUCUUUGUUCUUUGGCUAAAACAACCAUAGAGUAACAUACAGGUAACUGCCAAAAUAAAGGAAACACUUGAGUAAAUGAGGGAUACAAAGAAUAUUGAAAGCAGGUGCUUCCACACAGGUGUGGUUUCUGAGUUAAUUAUGCAAUGCUAAAAUGCUUGUUUAAAAAUGCUGUGCAGGUCAUUAUUUUGGCUACCAUGGCUAUGACCCCAUAGGAUGACAAUGCCCCCAUCCACAGGGCACGAGUGGUCACAGAAUUGUUUGAUGAGCAUGAAAAUGAUGUAAACCAUAUGUCACCAGAUCUCAACUCAUUUGAACAUUUAUUGGAGAUUCUGGAGCGGCGCCUGAGACAGCGUUUUCCACCACCAACAAAAUAGAGUUCCAGACACUUGUAGAAUCUAUGCCAAGGUGCAUUGACGCUGUUCUCUCUUGUGAUGGCCCAACGCCCUAUUAAAACACUUUAUGUUGGUGUUUCCUUUAUUUUGGCAGUUACCGUGUGUAUACACUGAGUGUACAAAACAUUAAGAACACCUGCUCUUUCUAUGACAUAGACUGUCCAGGUGAAAGCUAUGAUCCCUUAUUGAUGUCACUUGUUAAAUCCACUUCAAUCAGUGUAGAUGAAGGGGAGGAGACAGGUUAAAGAAGGAUUUUUAAGCCUUGAGACAAUUGAGACAUGGAUUGUGUAUGUGUGCCAUUCAGAGGGUGAGUGGGCAAGACAAAAUAUUUAAGUGCCUUUGAACGGGGUGUGGUUGUAGGUGCCAGGCAUACCGGUUUGUGUGAAGAACUGCAACGCUGCUGGGUUUUUCAUACUCAACAGUUUCCUGUGUGUAUCAAGAAUGGUCCACCACCCUAAGGACAUCCAGCCAACUUGACAAAACUGUAGGAAGCAUUGGUGUCAACAUGGGCCAGAUGGCCAGCAUCCCUGUGGAAUGCUUUAGACACCUUGUAGAGUCCAUGCCCCGACAAACUGAGGCUGUUCUGAGGGCAAAAGGGGGGGAUGCAACUAUAUUAGGAAUUUAUUCUUAAUGUUUUGUACGCUCUGUGUAUACAGUGGGGGAAAAAAGUAUUUAGUCAGCCACCAAUUGUGCAGGUUCUCCCACUUAAAAAUAUGAGAGAGGCCUGUAAUUUCCAUCAUAGGUACACGUCAACUAUGACAGACAAAUUGAGAAAGAAAAAUCCAGAAAAUCACAUUGUAGGAUUUUUAAUGAAUUUAUUUGCAAAUUAUGGUGGAAAAUAAGUAUUUGGUCACCUACAAACAAGCAAGAUUUCUGGCUCUCACAGACCUGUAACUUCUUCUUUAAGAGGCUCCUCUGUCCUCCACUCGUUACCUGUAUUAAUGGCACCUGUUUGAACUUGUUAUCAGUAUAAAAGACACCUGUCCACAACCUCAAACAGUCACACUCCAAACUCCACUAUGGCCAAGACCAAAGAGCUGUCAAAGGACACCAGAAACAAAAUUGUAGACCUGCACCAGGCUGGGAAGACUGAAUCUGCAAUAGGUAAGCAGCUUGGUUUGAAGAAAUCAACUGUGGGAGCAAUUAUUAGGAAAUGGAAGACAUACAAGACCACUGAUAAUCUCCCUCGAUCUGGGGCUCCACGCAAGAUCUCACCCCGAUCACAAGAACGGUGAGCAAAAAUCCCAGAACCACACGGGGGGACCUAGUGAAUGACCUGCAGAGAGCUGGGACCAAAGUAACAAAGCCUACCAUCAGUAACACACUACGCCGCCAGGGACUCAAAUCCUGCAGUGCCAGACGUGUCCCCCUGCUUAAGCCAGUACAUGUCCAGGCCCGUCUGAAGUUUGCUAGAGUGCAUUUGGAUGAUCCAGAAGAGGAUUGGGAGAAUGUCAUAUGGUCAGAUGAAACCAAAAUAUAACUUUUUGGUAAAAACUCAACUCGUCGUGUUUGGAGGACAAAGAAUGCUGAGUUGCAUCCAAAGAACACCAUACCUACUGUGAAGCAUCGGGGUGGAAACAUCAUGCUUUGGGGCUGUUUUUCUGCAAAGGGACCAGGAUGACUGAUCCGUGUAAAGGAAAGAAUGAAUGGGGCCAUGUAUCGUGAGAUUUUGAGUGAAAACCUCCUUCCAUCCGCAAGGGCAUUGAAGAUGAAACGUGGCUGGGUCUUUCAGCAUGACAAUGAUCCCAAACACACCGCCCGGGCAACGAAGGAGUGGCUUCGUAAGAAGCAUUUCAAGGUCCUGGAGUGGCCAAGCCAGUCUCCAGAUCUCAACCCCAUAGAAAAUCUUUGGAGGGAGUUGAAAGUCUGUGUUGCCCAGCGACAGCCCCAAAACAUCACUGCUCUAGAGGAGAUCUGCAUGGAGGAAUGGGCCAAAAUACCAGCAACAGUGUGUGAAAACCUUGUGAAGACUUACAGAAAACGUUUGACCUAUGUCAUUGCAAACAAAGGGUAUAUAACAAAGUAUUGAGAAACUUUUGUUAUUGACCAAAUACUUAUUUUCCACCAUAAUUUGCAAAUAAAUUCAUAAAAAAUCCUACAAUGUGAUUUUCUGGAUUUUUUUUUCUCAUUUUGUCUGUCAUAGUUGACGUGUACCUAUGAUGAAAAUUACAGGCCUCUCUCAUAUUUUUAAGUGGGAGAACUUGCACAAUUGGUGGCUGACUAAAUACUUUUUUCCCCCACUGUAUAUACAGGAUAUAUGAAUAAUAUAUACAGUGAGGGAAAAAAGUAUUUGAUCCCCUGCUGAUUUUGUACGUUUGCCCACUGACAAAGACAUGAUCAGUCUAUAAUUUUAAUGGUAGGUUUAUUUGAACAGUGAGAGACAGAAUAACAACAAAAAUAUCCAGAAAAAAGCAUAUAAAAAAUGUUAUCAAUUGAUUUGCAUUUUAAUGAGGGAAAUAAGUAUUUGACCCCUCUGCAAAACAUGACUUAGUACUUGGUGGCAAAACCCUUGUUGGCAAUCACAGAGGUCAGACGUUUUUUGUAGUUGGCCACCAGGUUUGCACACAUCUCAGGAGGGAUUUUGUUCCACUCCUCUUUGCAGAUCUUCUCCAAGUCAUUAAGGUUUUGAGGCUGACGUUUGGCAACUCAAACCUUCAGCUCCCUCCACAGAUUUUCUAUGGGAUUAAGGUCUGGAGACUGGCUAGGCCACUCCAGGACCUUAAUGUGCUUCUUCUUGAGCCACUCCUUUGUUGCCUUGGCCGUGUGUUUUGGGUCGUUGUCAUGCUGGAAUACCCAUCCACGACCCAUUUUCAAUGCCCUGGCUGAGGGAAGGAGGUUCUCACCCAAGAUUUGACGGUACAUGGCCCCGUCCAUCGUCCCUUUGAUGCGGUGAAGGUGUCCCAUCCCUUAGCAGAAAAACAGCCCCAAAGCAUAAUGUUUCCACCUCCAUGUUUGACGGUGGGGAUGGUGUUCUUGGGGUCAUAGGCAGCAUUCCUCCUCCUCCAAACACGGUGAGUUGAGUUGAUGCCAAAGAGCUCAAUUUUGGUCUCAUCCGACCACAACACUUCCACCCAGUUCUCCUCUGAAUCAUUCAGAUGUUCAUUGGCAAACUUCAGACGGGCCUGUAUAUGUGCUUUCUUGAGCAGGGGGACCUUGCGGGCCCUGCAGGAUUUCAGUCCUUCACGGCGUAGUGUGUUACCAAUUGUUUUCUUGGUGACUAUGGUCCCAGCUGCCUUGAGAUCAUUGACAAGAUCCUCCCGUGUAGUUUUGGGCUGAUUCCUCACCGUUCUCAUGAUCAUUGCAACUCCACGAGGUGAGAUCUUGCGUGGAGCCCCAGGCCGAGGGAGAUUGACAGUUAUUUUGUGUUUCUUCCAUUUGCGAAUAAUCGCACCAACUGUUGUCACCUUCUCACCAAGCUGCUUGGCGAUGAUUUUGUAGCCCAUUCCAGCCUUGUGUAGGUCUACAAUCUUGUCCCUGACAUCCUUGGAGAGCUCUUUGGUCUUGGCCAUGGUGGAGAGUUUGGCAUCUGAUUGAUUGAUUGCUUCUGUGGACAGGUGUCUUUUAUACAGGUAACAAGCUGAGAUUAGGAGCACUCCCUUUAAGAGUGUGCUCCUAAUCUCAACUCGUUACCUGUAUAAAAGACACCUGGGAGCCAGAAAUCUUUCUGAUUGAAAGGGGGUCAAAUACUUAUUUCCCUCAUUAAAAUGCAAAUCAAUUUAUAACAUUUUUGACAUGCGUUUUUCUACCAUUAAACCUACCAUUAAAAUUAUAGACUGAUAAUUUCUUUGUCAGUGGGCAAACGUACAAAAUCAGCAGGGGAUCAAAUACUUUUUUUCCCUCACUGUAUAUGAAAAUAGGAUCUCUGCAAACCACCAUCUUUUCUCUCGUUUUCUAACCCAGUCCAUCACAUCCACGUCCUGUCAGCUAAUGUUCUGAUCCAGGAGGCGCUGGCUGCACAUCAGCUUGGAGAGCUUGGAUGUGAGGUUAGAAAACCUUUUUUUAUUUUUUUCUCUCAAACGUGUCUCAAAGGUUUUGUGGCCACACUGAAGUGAAUUGGAAUAACGCAUACAUAAAACUGUCAUAAGAAUGAAUGAAUGACAGCUGUAUGCAGUUGUAUAUUCAGUUUUUUUAUGUAUAUUUAAAUAAAAACACGACCCUUUUUCUACUGUACAAGAGCACAGAGAGCGGUGAAACAUUGUCCACUAAAGACAUCGACCAGAUGGAGACGGAUACUGAGAUGGAGGAGGAGUCGUCACAGGAUUCAGGUGAAGCUUCCCCUAGAUGCUGAUCUUGGGUCAGUUUUUCAUUUCCCCCACUAAUGGUUAAGGUUAGGAUUGGGGGGAGGGGAAGCUGAUUCUAGGUCUGUACCUAGGGGAAACAUCACACCAGAGCGCAAUAUUAGGAGAAUCAGCAGCACAUGUUUUAAGCCAAUGAGAAAUGUGACUUUGUGAAUUCCAGUUGUUUUCUUACUUCAUCCUGAAUUGCCCGUCUGUAAACAAGGGUUUUGUCUGGGGGCGGCAGGUAGCUUAGUGGGUAAGAGCGUUGUGCCAGUAACCGAAAGGUCGCUGGUUCUAAUCCCCGAGCCGACUAGGUGAAAAAUCUGUCGAUGUGCCCUUGAGCAAGGCACUUAACCCUAAUUGCUCUGGAUAAGAGCGUCUGCUAAAUGACGUAAAUGUCUGAUUUGGGCUUUAUUGUUUAGUAGAGCCUCAGCAGCAAGGAGCCAAGAAAAAACCCAAGGCAAGGACAGCGGUAUGUUGACAUGACCAUGUGUCUCUUAUACCUGCAUACUGACACAGAGAAACACAUGCAUAGGGAUUCUAUUUAAGCAGUAAGGCCCGAGGAGGUGUGGCAUAUGGCCAAUAUACCAUGGCUAAGGGCUGUUCUUAGGCACGAUGCAACGUAAUUAGAGCAGUAAAAAAUAAAUGUUUUGUCAUACCCGUGGUAUACGGUCUGAUAUACCACAGCUUUCAGCCAAUCAGCAUUCAGGGCUCGAACCACCCAGUUUAUAUUUACAGUGGCUUGCGAAAGUAUUCACCCCCCUUGGCAUUUUUCCUAUUUUGUUGCCUUACAACCUGGAAUUAAAAUGGAUUUUUGGGGGGUUUGUAUCAUUUGAUUUACACAACAUGCCUACCACUUUGAAGAUGCAAAAUAGUUUUUAUUGUGAAACAACCAAGAAAUAAGACAAAAAAACAGAACUUGAGCGUGCAUAACUAUUCACCCCCCCAAAGUCAAUACUUUGUAGAGCCAACUUUUGCAGCAAUUACAGCUGCAAGUCUCUUGGGGUAUGUCUCUAUAAGCUUGGCACAUCUAGCCACUGGGAUUUUUGCCCAUUCUUCAAGGCAAAACUGCUCCAGCUCCAUCAAGUUGGAUGGGUUCCGCUGGUGUACAGCAAUCUUUAAGUCAUACCACAGAUUCUCAAUAGGAUUGAGGUCUGGGCUUUGACUAGGCCAUUCCUGUCACGCCCUGGCUCUGGGACUCUGUUAUGUUGAGCCAAGGUGUGUAGUUUCUAUGUAUUUGUGUUCUAGGUUCUUUAUCUAGCUCAUGUGUUUCUGUGUUGGCCGGGGUGGUUCUCAAUCAGAGGCAACGAGUGUCAGCUGAUUGCUUGUUGUCUCUGAUUGGGGAACCCCAUACUUAGGCAGCCUGUUUUCCACAGUGUUUUGUGGGAUCUUGUUCCGUGAUUGGUUUUGGGUCUGUUACCUAGGACUUCACGUAUCGUUUUGUUGUUUUGUUUCGGUGUGGUGAAUCAAAUAAAAGUAUGUUCCACGUCAUCACGGCUGCGGCAUUGGUUCCAUUUCCUUCCAACGAUCGUGACACUUCAAGGACAUUUAAAUGUUUCCCCUUAAACCCACUUGAGUGUUGCUGUAGCAGUACGCUUAGGGUCUUGUCCUGCUGGAAGUUGAACCUCCCCGUCCCAGUCUCAAAUCUCUGGAAGACUGAAAUAGGUUCCCUCACAGAAUUUCCCUGUAUUUAAGCGCCAUCCAUCAUUCCUUCACUCUGACCAGUUCCCCAGGUUUCCUGCUAUGAAAACGUGUUCUCGGGGUGAUGAGAGGUGUUGGGUUUGCGACAGACAUAGCGUUUUCCUUGAUGGCCAAAAAGCUCAAUUUUAGUCUCAUCUGACCAGAGUACCUUCUUCCAUAUGUUUGGGGAGUCUCCCACAUGCCUUUUGGCGAACACCAAACGUGUUUGCUUGUUUUUUUCUUUAAGCAAUGGCUUUUUUCUGGCCACUCUUCCGUAUAGCCCAGCUCUGGAGUGUAUGGCUUAAAGUGGUCCUAUGGACAGAUACUCCAAUCUCCGCUGUGGAGCUUUGCAGCUCCUUCAGGGUUAUCUUUGGUGUCUUUGUUGCCUCUCUGAUUAAUGUCCUCCAUGCCUGGUCCGUGAGUUUUGGUGGGCGGCCCUCUCUUGGCAGGUUUGUUGUGGUGCCAUAUUCGUUAAUUUUUUUAUAAUGGAUUUAAUGGUGCUACGUGGGAUGUUCAAAGUUUUUGAUAUUUUUGUAUAACCCAACCCUGAUCUGUACUUCUCCACAACUUUUUCCCUGACCUGUUUGGAGAGCUCCUUGGUCUUCAUGAUGCCGCUUGCUUGGUGGUGCCCCUUGCUUAGUGUUGUUGCAGACUCUGGGGCCUUUCAGAACAGGUGUAUAUAUACUGAGAUCAUGUGACAGAUCAUGACUUUAUUUAACUAAUUAUGUGACUUCUGAAGGUAAUUGGUUGCACCAGAUCUUAUUUAGGGGCUUCAUAGCAAAGGGGGUGAAUAUAUAUGCACGCACCACUUUUCCGUUAUUUAUUUUUUAGAAUUCUAUGAAACAAGUAAUUUUUUUCAUUUUUCACUUCACCAAUUUGGACUAUUUUGUGUAUGUCCAUUACAUGAAAUCCAAAUAAAAAUAAAUGUAAAUUACAGGUUGUAAUGCAACUAAAUAGGAAAAACGCCAAGGGGGAUGAAUACUUUUGCAAGGCACUGUGUACUUAAUACUGUAUAUAUAUAUUACUUAGAAUACUUAUAUUUGGAAUAACAAAGAACAUCCUUCCCAGCUCUCUGUGAGGGCCCAGCAUGGAGCAGGAGUGGAAAACUUUCUCAGAAAAGGGAGAUCCGUCCCAGACGAGCUGCUUGUGGACAUUGUAGUCGAAGCUAUCAGGUUUAAACACAAACAAAAUCCUAUUCUGUUCUUUAGAAGCAGUAAAUUGAAUCGAGUGCUAAAUGAAACGAAUAGCCCUUUUGUGUUGAACGUGUAUUGACUGUAAUCUCUUUACUCUUUACACCAGGGCGAUCCCAGCAGACUCGGGCUGGAUUCUGGACGGCUUCCCGGUUGAUCUGACCCAGGCCAAGCUGCUGGAGAAGGCCCUGGGGGGCUCGGACCCCGGGAAGGAGAGGAAGAGGAGGAACAAGCGGUCCAUCCUGUCUGUGGAUAGCAACGCUCCUAAGGAUCCCCCUCCUCCGUCUCCUGUCCUGGACCUAGCUCUGCUGCUAGACGUGUCUGAUGACCAUGUUUUGGACAGGGUGGCCAAGCAGGCCUGUGAGUUUCAUAGCCCUGGUCCCAGAUCUGUUUGUGUUGUCAUGCCAACUCCUAUGGUCAUUUUCAAACAGCGUUACCUUGACCAUAGGAGUCGGCAUGACAACACAAAAAGUAGUAGGUAUCCAGGCUGUAUGUUUCAAGUUUUCAGGUUUAUUCGCCACAUGCACAGGAUACAACAGGUAUAUAACAGUACAGGAUACAACAGGUAUAUAACAGUACAGGAUACAACAGGUAUAUAACAGUACAGGAUACAACAGGUAUAUAACAGUACAGGAUACAACAGGUAUAUAACAGUACAGGAUACAACAGGUUUUAACAGUACAGGAUAAACAGGUAUAUAACAGUACAGGAUACAACAGGUAUAUAACAGUACAGGAUACAACAGGUAUAAUACACGUACAGGAUACAACAGGUAUAUAACAGUACAGGAUACAACAGGUAUAUAACAGUACAGGAUACAACAGGUAUAUAACAGUACAGGAUACAACAGGUAUAUAACAGUACAGGAUACAACAGGUAUAUAACAGUACAGGAUACAACAGGUAUAUAACAGUACAGGAUACAACAGGUAUAUAACAGUACAGGAUACAACAGGUAUAUAACAGUACAGGAUACAACAGGUAUAUAACAGUACAGGAUACAACAGGUAUAUAACAGUACAGGAUACAACAGGUAUAUAACAGUACAGGAUACAACAGGUAUAUAACAGUACAGGAUACAACAGGUAUAUAACAGUACAGGAUACAACAGGUAUAUAACAGUACAGGAUACAACAGGUAUAUAACAGUACAGGAUACAACAGGUAUAUAACAGCACAUUAUACAACAGGUAUAUAACAGCACAGGAUACAACAGGUAUAUAACAGCACAUGAUACAACAGGUAUAUAACAGCACAGGAUACAACAGGUAUAUAACAGCACAGGAUACAACAGGUAUAUAACAGUACAGGAUACAACAGGUAUAUAACAGCACAGGAUACAACAGGUAUAUAACAGUACAGGAUACAACAGGUAUAUAACAGUACAGGAUACAACAGGUAUAUAACAGUACAGGAUACAACAGGUAUAUAACAGUACAGGAUACAACAGGUAUAUAACAGUACAGGAUACAACAGGUAUAUAACAGUACAGGAUACAACAGGUAUAUAACAGUACAGGAUAUAACAGGUGUUUAACAGUACAGGAUACAACAGGUAUAUAACAGUACAGGAUACAACAGGUAUAUAACAGUACAGGAUACAACAGGUAUAUAACAGUACAGGAUACAACAGGUAUAUAAACGAACAGGAUACAACAGGUAUAUAACAGUACAGGAUACAACAGGUAUAUAACAGUACAGGAUACAACAGGUAUAUAACAGUACAGGAUACAACAGGUAUAUAACAGUACAGGAUACAACAGGUAUAUAACAGUACAGGAUACAACAGGUAUAUAACAGUACAGGAUACAACAGGUAUAUAACAUACAGGAUAACAGGUUAUAACAGUACAGGAUACAACAGGUAUAUAACAGUACAGGAUACAACAGGUAUAUAACAGUACAGGAUACAACAGGUAUAUAACAGUACAGGAUACAACAGGUAUAUAACAGUACAGGAUACAACAGGUAUAUAACAGCACAGGAUACAACAGGUAUAUAACAGUACAGGAUACAACAGGUAUAUAACAGUACAGGAUACAACAGGUAUAUAACAGUACAGGAUACAACAGGUAUAUAACAGCACAGGAUACAACAGGUAUAUAACAGACAGGAUACAACAGGUAUAAACAGCACAGGUAUACAACAGGUAUAUAACAGUACAGGAUACAACAGGUAUAUAACAGUACAGGAUACAACAGGUAUAUAACAGUACAGGAUACAACAGGUAUAUAACAGUACAGGAUACAACAGGUAUAUAACAGUACAGGAUACAACAGGUAUAUAACAGUACAGGAUACAACAGGUAUAUAACAGUACAGGAUACAACAGGUAUAUAACAGUACAGGAUACAACAGGUAUAUAACAGUACAGGAUACAACAGGUAUAUAACAGUACAGGAUACAACAGGUAUAUAACAGUACAGGAUACAACAGGUAUAUAACAGUACAGGAUACAACAGGUAUAUCACAGUACAGGAUACAACAGGUAUAUAACAGUACAGGAUACAACAGGUAUAUAACAGUACAGGAUACAACAGGUAUAUAACAGUACAGUGAAAUGUUUACUUUAUGUCCUGGAUGGCUGGGAGCUAGCCCCCAGUGAUAAGCUGGGCCGUCCGCACCAACCUCUGUAGGGCCUUCUGGUCAUGGGCAUUGCAGUUACCAUACCAGAUGGUGAUACAGCAAGUCAGGAUGCUCUCGAUGGUGCAGCUGUAAAACUUCCUGAGGAUCUGAGAGGCCAUGCCAAAUCGUUUCACCCUCCUGAGGGAGAAGAGGCGUUGCCUUCUUCACGACUGUUUUGGUGUGAGAGGACCAUGUGAAGUCCUCAGUGAUGUGGACACUGAGGAACUUGAAGCUCUUGACCCUCUCCACAUGUCGUAUGAGUUGCAUAAGUGUAAUGAAUGACACUGUUUGUAGGUAAGGAGGAGAGCUCUGGCCAGGCCGGGGCCUGGGCUGGGGCUGGUGAGGAGAGCUGUGCCCCUGCUAGAGAGCACAAUGUUGUCAUCGCCAGGGACAAGAGCCUAGAGAAGAGACAGAUCCAGCACAGGUACAAGUAGUACAAUGAACACAAGACGCACACCUGGGUUCAAAUAGUAUUUGUUUUCUUUCAAAUAAUUUGAGGGUUCGAUCGAGACUGCCUUGAGUGACAAAGUGGGUGGGCAUUACACUUUUGGGACUACUCCAUUGGUGCCAUUGUGCCAGUCAAGAUCAAUCAAGUAGAGCUAAAGCGUUUGAAAGAAAAACAAAUACUAUUUGAACCCAGAUCUGAUACUGAGUACACCAUCUCAUCUAACAUUGUUGUAAGGGAUUUUCAGGGCUCUGUGUGUCUUUGAACUUUUAAACUAGUCCACUGACCCACCAUUGUUCUCUUCACACAUUGGGUGUAUUCACUAGGAACCAAGCAGAAGCAAACAGGCCAAAAUACUUGUUUGAAUUUAUUUCAUUGCAAAACAUUUUGCUAUGGUGUGCGCUAAUGAAUACACCCCUUGUUAUUAUCACUGCAGGAUCACAGCCUUCCAGGAUACCUGGCCCAAGCUGGAGAAGUGGUUCUCUGGGAAACAGAGCAUUCUGGUGAGGCUGAUUGCUGAGAUGUCGGAGGACAUGCUCUUCAGAAAAGUGGAAUCCAUCCUGUACCAGGCCAUGAUGCAGUCUGAAAAAGGUACAGGGCACUAAGGGAAUGGUUGAUUUAAGAGAAGUUAUUAAUCCCCCAAAAUGGGAGAUUUGACUUGAUACUACUUUGACUCUUAAGAUCGCCCAGUGAGAUGCCUACUGUACCUAAACUCGUUGUAUGUGUAAUUAUUUUGCCCCACCAGGUGAGGAAGUUGUUUUGGACAGUGGGAAGGCACCAGCGGUCUCGCCUCCUCUCGUCCAGGUAGCCCCGGUUGCGGCCCCAGCGCCCACUGAGUCCACCUCCACCCUCACCCAGGAGGGCCUGACUCCAGCUGUGAAACGCUCCCGCUCCAAGUCCAACACCCGCUCCCCCAAAGGUCGGCUAUCAACCAUGAUGUGUCCCAAAUGGCACCCUAUUCCCUGCAUAGUGCACUAAUUUUGACCAGAGCCCUAUGGGCCCUUGUAAAAAAAAGUUGUGAGUUGUGUACUAUAUAAGGAAUAGGGUGCCAUUUGGGACGAAGCCCAUGCUUCGACAGUUUGUUUCAAAGACAAGAGAACCAUGUCGUCAAACAAUUCUGUUCCAUUCUUUAGGUUCACAGAGCAAUAUUGAGAAGAACACAUCUGAGGGGAAAGAUGUCCAUCGUAAGCUGUCCAAGUCUGGAUCAGGUCAGGCCCAUUACUGAUAUCAGCCUAGCUAUUAGUAACAUUCUGUAACAAACAACAGUUGCUCUCACACUGUUUUUAAACCACAUUAGAAAAGAGGUAUGGUGGCCUAGGGUGGCCUAGGGUGGCCUAGGGUGGCCUAGGGUGGCCUAGCUGUCUACGCCACUGUCUUUGGAAGACAAAUGCUAGGUUAGAUUCCAGCCUACUGUCUUUGGAAGACAUAUACCAGGUCAGAUUCCAGCCUACUGUCUUUGGAAGACAUAUACCGGGUUAGAUUCCAGCCUACUGUCUUUAGAAGACAUAUACCGGGUUAGAUUCCAGCCUACUGUCUUUGGAAGACAAAUGCCAGGUUAGAUUCCAGCCUACUGUCUUUGGAAGACAUAUACCAGGUUAGAUUCCAGCCUACUGUCUUUGGAAGACAUAUACCGGGUUAGAUUCCAGCCUACUGUCUUUGGAAGACACCGGGUUAGAUUCCAGCCUACUGUCUUUGGAAGACACCAGGUUAGAUUCCAGCCUACUGUCUUUGGAAGACACCGGGUUAGAUUCCAGCCUACUGUCUUUGUCACGUUCGUCUAAUGAUGGGUCAGACCAAGGCGCAGCGUGAUAUACGUACAUGUUUAUUAACGUAAUAAACACUCGACAAAACAAUAAACAAACGAAACGUGAAGUCCAAAGGUAACACACAACAAACCUUACACGGAACAAGAUCCCACAACUCAAUAGUGCCAAUAGGCUGCCUAAGUAUGGUCCCCAAUCAGAGACAACGAGCGAUAGCUGCCUCUGAUUGGGAACCACACCGGCCAACAUAGAACUAAACAUACUAGAUUAUACAACAUAGAACAUACACAACAAAGAAUAUACACACCCUGACUCAACAUAUAAGAGUCCCCUGAGUCAGGGCGUGACAGUACCCCCCCAAAAGGUGCGGACUCCGACCGCACAACAUAAACAUAACAGGGUAGGGGCCGGGUGGGCAUUCCGCCUCGACCUCUCACUCUCCGCCUCCCUGUUGUGCCCCUGGUCUGGUCUGGACCUCGGCGCGCUGCUUCCCCUCUCCUUCCUCCCACGAUAGGCCAGGCCCUGUCUGGACCCUGGUGUGGGAGACCCCGAACCUGGAGAGGGGCUGACGUCAUGGUCUGGACAGGAGCCGCUGACCGGAGCUGGACUGGGCACCGGUGGAGCGGACUGCUCUGGCUCCGGAGUGGAGCCGCUGACCGAAGCUGGAUCAGGCACCGGUGGAGCGGACUGCUCUGGCUCCGGAGUGGAGCCGCUGACCGGGGCUGGACUGGACCCCGAUGGAGCGGACUGCUCUGGCUCUGGAGUGGAGCCGCUGACCGGAGCUGGAUCAGGCACCGGUGGAGCGGACUGCUCUGGCUCCGGAGUGGAGCAGCUGACGGGAGCUGGAUCAGGCACCGGUGGAGGCGGACUGCUCUCGCUCCGGAGUGGAGCAGCUGACCGGUGCCGGGACCAAGGCACGCUGUGGUGGAACGGGCACGGGCCGUGCCGGACUGGACAAACGCACCACAGGUCUGGUGCGAGGAGCAGGCACGGGCCGGGCUGGCAACGCGCACCACUGGCUUGGUGCGAGGAGCAGGCACAGGCCGUGCCGGGCUGGCGACGCGCACACUGGCUAGGUGCGAGGAGCAGGAACAGCCGGGCCGGGCUGGCGACGCGCACCACUGGCUUGGUGCGAGGAGCAGGAACAGGCCGGGCGGGCUGGGCUAGCGACGCGCACCACUGGCUUGGUGCGAGGAGCAGGGAACAGGCCGGGCCGGGCUGGCGAACGCGCACCACUGGCUUGGUGCGAGGAGCAGGAACAGGCCGGGCCGGGCUGGGCUAGCGACGCGCACCACUGGCUUGGUGCGAGGAGCAGGAACAGGCCGGGCCGGGCUGGCGACGCGCACCACUGGCUUGGUGCGAGGAACAGGAACAGGCCGGGCGACGCGCACCACUGGCUUGGUGCGAGGAGCAGGAACAGGCCGGGCCGGGCUGGCGACGCGCACCACUGGCUUGGUGCGAGGAGCAGGAACAGGCCGGGCCGGGCUGGGCUGGCGACGCGCACCACUGGCUUGGUGCGAGGAGCAGGAACAGGCCGGACUGGCGACGCGCACCACUGGCUUGGUGCGAGGAGCAGGAACAGGCCGGGCCGGACUGUGGAGGCGGACUGGAGGUCUGGAGCGGAGAGCUGGCACAACCCGUCCUGGCUGAAUGCCUACUUCCGCACAGUAUGUGUGAGGCAUCAGCACAGGACGCACUGGGUUGUGCACGCGCACUGGCGAUACAGUUCGUAGAACUGGCGCAGGAUAUGCGGGACCGAGAAGGCGUACUGGAGACCAGGAGCAUUGAGCCGGCACACCCCGUCCUGGCUGGAUGCCCAUCUUCGCACGGCACAUGCGUGGUGCAAGCACAGGACGUACAGGACUGUGCCGGCGCACUGGCGACACAGUACGUAGCUCCGCAUAACACGGAGCCUGCCCAGUCAUACGCUUCCUCACGUGAGUACGGGGAGUUGGCUCUGCUCUGACACUAGGCUCCGCCAACCACCCCGUGUGCCCCCCAAAAAAUUUUUAUUGGGGCUGCUUCUCGGGCUUCCUCCUCGACCGGCCUCCUCCGUGUUGCCGUUGCUCCUCUCCUGCCUGGGCAUCUACCUUAGCCCAUGGUCCUCUCCCCGGCAAAUAUCUCUUCCCAUGACCACAAAUCGGCCACCUGUGACAUGGCCAUUCGCUCCGCCUGGGCACGCUGCUUGGUCCUCAUUUGGUGGGAUCUUCUGUCACGUUCGUCUAAUGACGGGUCAGACCAAGGCGCAGCGUGAUAUACGUACAUGUUUAUUAACGUAAUAAACACUCGACAAAACAAUAAACGAACGAAACGUGAAGUCCAAAGGUAACACACAACAAACCUUACACGGAACAAGAUCCCACAACUCAAUAGUGCCAAUAGGCUGCCUAAGUAUGGUCCCCAAUCAGUGACAACGAGCGACAGCUGCCUCUGAUUGGGAACCACACCGGCCAACAUAGAACUAAACAUACUAGAAUAUACAACAUAGAACAUACACAACAAAGAAUAUACACACCCUGACUCAACAUAUAAGAGUCCCCUGAGUCAGGGCGUGACAGUAACGCCCCCCCCAAAGGUGCGGACUCCGACCGCACAACAUAAACAUAACAGGGUAGGGGCCGGGUGGGCAUUCCGCCUCGACCUCUCACUCUCCGCCUCCCUGUUGCGCCCCUGGUCUGGUCUGGACCUCAGCGCGCUGCUUCCCCUCUCCUUCCUCCCACGAUAGGCCAGGCCCUGUCUGGACCCUGGUGUGGGAGACCCCGAACCUGGAGAGGGGCUGACGUCAUGGUCUGGACAGGAGCCGCUGACCGGAGCUGGACUGGGCACCGGUGGAGCGGACUGCUCUGGCUCUGGAGUGUAGCCGCUGACCGAAGCUGGAUCAGGCACCGGUGGAGCGGACUGCUCUGGCUCCGUAGUGGAGCCGCUGACCAGGGCUGGACUGGACCCCGGUGGAGCGGACUGCUCUGGCUCCGGAGUGGAGCGGCUGACCGGAGCUGGAUAAGGCACCGGUGGAGCGGACUGCUCUGGCUCCGGAGUGGAGCAGCUGACCGGAGCUGGAUCAGGCACCGGUGGAGCGGACUGCUCUGGCUCCGGAGUGGAGCAGCUGACCGGUGCCGGACCAGGCACCAGUGGAACGGGCACGGGCCGUGCCGGACUGGACAAACGCACCACUGGUCUGGUGCGAGGAGCAGGCACGGGCCGGGCCGGGCUGGCGACGCGCAUCACUGGCUUGGUGCGAGGAGCAGGAACAGGCCGGGCCGGGCUGGGCUGGCGACGCGCACCACUGGCUUGGUGCAAGGAGCAGGAACAGCCCGGGCCGGGCUGGUGACGCGCACCACUGGCUUGGUGCGAGGAACAGGAAAAGGAACAGGCCGGGCGACGCGCAUCCACUGGCUUGGUGCGAGGAGCAGGAACAGGCCGGGCCGGGCUGGCGACGCGCACCACUGGCUUGGUGCGAGGAGCAGGAACAGGCCGGACUGGCGACGCGCACCACUGACUUGGUGCGAGGAGCAGGAACAGGCCGGGCCGGACUGUGGAGGCGGACUGGAGGUCUGGAGCGGAGAGCUGGCACAACCCGUCCUGGCUGAAUGCCUACUUCCGCACAGUAUGUGUGAGGCAUCAACACAGGACGCACUGGGCUGUGCACGCGCACUGGCGAUACAGUUCGUAGAACUGGCGCAGGAUAUGCGGGACCGAGGAGGCGUACUGGAGACCAGGAGCGUUGAGCCGGCACACCCUGUCCUGGCUGGAUGCCCAUCUUCGCACGGCAUGUGCUUGGUGCAAGCACAGGACAUACAGGACUGUGCCGGCGCACUGGCGACACAGUACGUAGCUCCGCAUAACACGGAGCCUGCCCAGUCAUACGCUUCCUCGCGUGAGUACGGGGAGUUGGCUCUGCUCUGACUAGGCUCCGCCAACCACCCGUGUGCCCCCCAAAUCUUUUUUAUUGGGGCUGCUUCUCGGGCUUCCUCCUCGACCGGCCUCCUCCGUGUUGCCGUUGCUCCUCUCCUGCCUGGGCAUCUACCUUAGCCCAUGGUCCUCUCCCCGCAAAUAUCUCUUCCCAUGACCACAAAUCGGCCACCUGUGACAUGGCCAUUCGCUCCGCCUGGACACACUGCUUGGUCCUCGUUUGGUGGGAUCUUCUGUCACGUUCGUCUAAUGACGGGUCAGACCAAGGCGCAGCGUGAUAUACGUACAUGUUUAUUAACAUAAUAAACACUCGACAAAACAAUAAACGAACGAAACGUGAAGUCCAAAGGUAACACACAACAAACCUUACACGGAACAAGAUCCCACAACUCAAUAGUGCCAAUAGGCUGCCUAAGUAUGGUCCCCAAUCAGAGACAACGAGCGACAGCUGCCUCUGAUUGGGAACCACACCGGCCAACAUAGAACUAAACAUACUAGAAUAUACAACAUAGAACAUACACAACAAAGAAUAUACACACCCUGACUCAACAUAUAAGAGUCCCCUGAGUCAGGGCGUGACAGUAACCCCCCCCAAAGGUGCGGACUCCGACCGCACAACAUAAACAUAACAGGGUAGGGGCCGGGUGGGCAUUCCGCCUCGGAGGCGGAUCCGGCUCGGGGCGUGACGACCUCUCACUCUCCGCCUCCCUGUUGCGCCCCUGGUCUGGUCUGGACCUCGGCGCGCUGCUUCCCCUCUCCUUCCUCCCACGAUACGCCAGGCCUUGUCUGGACCCUGGUGUGGGAGACCCCGAACCUGGAGAGGGGCUGACGUCAUGGUCUGGACAGGAGCCGCUGACCGUCUUUGGAAGACACCGGGUUAGAUUCCAGCCUACUGUCUUUGGAAGACACCGGUUAGAUUCCAGCCUACUGUCUUUGGAAGACACCGGGUUAGAUUCCAGCCUACUGUCUUUGGAAGACACUGGUUAGAUUCCAGCCUACUGUCUUUCCUCUAUCUAUCCUAUCCAAUAAACAAUGAAUAUGAGAGGAGUGGGACUGCCCUGCUCCUUUAAAAAAGAACAGAAAAUAUCCCUUUUUUCCAUUGCUUCCAGGAGGAGCCGGGGGGCGUUCCAGGAAGUUGUCCAUAGCCUCCUCCUUUGAGAAUUCCCAUGGUGGGAAGACCAGCCCUACAGAGCCCUUCGCUCCCACCCCUGGAUCUGCACACUGGGUGUACGUGGACGAGCCCCUUCCGAAGGUACAGUAGGAGUAGGGUGAAGUUUCCCAUAGACACUGAUCUUGGAUCAGUUUUGCAUUUUCCCCACUAGUGGUUAAGGUUAUGAUUGGGAAAAGCAGAAGCUGAUCCUAGAUCUGUACCUAGGGGAAACUUUACCCUGUAGUGGUACAGUACAUACUGGUGGAAGACAAGAGGACCAUUAUAGGUUUGCAUGGGCUUUUUCUCUUCUCUUUAGCUCUCAGUCAGAAAGCAUAGUCUCAUUAGCUCUCAGUCAGAAAGCAUAGUCUCAAUAGCUCUCAGUCAGAAAGCAUAGUCAGUCAGAAGCAAUUAGCUCUCAGUCAGAAAGCAUACUCUCAGUCAGAAAGCAUAGUCUCAUUAGCUCUCAGUCAGAAAGCAUAGUCUCAAUAGCUCUCAGUCAGAAAGCAUAGUUCAUUAGCUCUCAGUCAGAAAGCAUAGUCUCAUUAGCUCUCAGUCAGAAGCAUAGCUCAUUAGCUCUCAGUCAGAAAGCAUAGUCUCAUUAGCUCUCAGUCAGAGAAGACAUAGUCUCAUUAGUUCUCAUUCAGAAAGCAUAGUCUCAUUAGCUUUCAGUCAGAAAGCAUAGUCUCAUUAGCUUUCAGUCAGAAAGCAUAGUCUCAUUAGCUCUCAGUCAGAAGCAUGUCUCAUUAGCUCUCAGUCAGAAAGCAUAGUCUCAUUAGCUCUCAGUCAGAAAGCAUAGUCUCAUUAGCUCUCAGUCAGAAAGCAUAGUAUCAUUAGCUCUCAGUCAGAAAGCAUAGUCUCAUAGCUCUCAGUCAGAAUGCAUAGUCUCAUUCGCUCUCAGUCAGAAAGCAUAGUCUCAUUAGCUCUCAGUCAGAAAGCAUAGUCUCAUUAGCUCUCAGUCAGAAUGCAUAGUCUCAUUAGCUCUCAGUCAGAAAGCAUAGUCUCAUUAGUUCUCAUUCAGAAAGCAUAGUCUCAUUAGCUCUCAGUCAGAAAGCAUAGUCUCAUUAGCUCUCAGUCAGAAUGCAUAGUAUCAUUAGCUCUCAGUCAGAAAGCAUAGUCUCAAUAGCUCUCAGUCAGAAUGCAUAGUCUCAUUAGCUCUCAGUCAGAAUGCAUAGUCUCAUUAGCUCUCAGUCAGAAAGCAUAGUCUCAUUAGCUCUCAGUCAGAAUGCAUAGUCUCAUUAGCUCUCAGUCAGAAAGCAUAGUCUCAAUAGCUCUCAGUCAGAAUGCAUAGUCUCAUUAGCUCUCAGUCAGAAAGCAUAGUCUCAUUAGCUCUCAGUCAGAAAGCAUAGUCUCAUUAGCUCUCAGUCAGAAAGCAUAGUCUCAUUAGCUCUCAGUCAGAAAGCAUAGUCUCAUUAGCUCUCAGUCAGAAAGCAUAGUCUCAAUAGCUCUCAGUCAGAAAGCAUAGUCUCAUUAGCUCUCAGUCAGAAAGCAUAGUCUCAUUAGCUCUCAGUCAGAAAGCAUAGUCUCAUUAGCUUUCAGUCAGAAAGCAUAGUCUCAUUAGCUCUCAGUCAGAAAGCAUAGUCUCAUUAGCUCUCAGUCAGAAUGCAUAGUCUCAUUAGCUCUCAGUCAGAAAGCAUAGUCUCAUUAGUUCUCAUUCAGAAAGCAUAGUCUCAUUAGCUUUCAGUCAGAAAGCAUAGUCUCAUUAGCUUUCAGUCAGAAAGCAUAGUCUCAUUAGCUCUCAGUCAGAAAGCAUAGUCUCAUUAGCUCUCAGUCAGAAAGCAUAGUCUCAUUAGCUUUCAGUCAGGAAGCAUAGUCUCAUUAGCUCUCAGUCAGAAAGCAUAGUCUCAUUAGCUCUCAGUCAGAAAGCAUAGUCUCAUUAGCUCUCAGUCAGAAAGUAUAGUCUCAUUAGCUCUCAGUCAGAAAGCAUGGAUGUGUUCAGAUAAAGGUUCUGGCCAAUUACGAAUCAAUUAACAAAGAGAACCAGGCACCGCUCCUUCUGCUCUCAUUCUUCAAAUCAGUGAGCUCUAGAAGUUGAGUAAUUUGCAAUAGCCAUGGAUGGCCACAAGAGGGACCUCCCAAACUUCUAUUUACACUCAUUGGCCCAGUCUGUCAAUGUUUGAGCCUGCAUUUCCCCACUUUACUAUCUUUUGUGGAUUAGGGCGAAGUUGCCCCUAGACGCUGAUCUUAAGUCAGUUUUGCAUUUCUCCCACUAAUGGUUAAGGUUAGGAUUGGGGGAGAGAAAGCUGAUCCUAGAUCUGUAACUAAGGGAAACUUCACCCAAGAGCAUCUUUUGUCUCUCUUCCCCAGGAGAUCCCAGAGUACUUGGUUCCAUACUGGGAGAAUGUGUGUAACUCCUAUGUGACCAACGUCAAGGCCGUGAUGCAGAACCUCCGCACGGAACGCAUCUUGAUCAUUCACCAUCUGUUUAACAUCAGGUGAGGACAUAGUUUAGUGCACAAUGGACGUAAGACAAGCCCAUAGUAUUAGCCUGGUCCCAUAUCUGUAAACUCCUUUAUCACAAACAGAACUGGGAUCAGGCUACGGUAUUAUUACCUUCUUUCUUGGAACUGUGAUGCCUGUUAAAUGCACUUAAAAUACAUUUGACUUUGACUUAACAUCCAAUCUAACAACAUGUAAUCUGUGCUGAUCUGAUCUCGCAUCAGUGAGGAUGCCCUGAUGACUCGGAUCUAUGCACAGUCUGAACAGAGAGAAGUAACUCUUAACUCUCUCAUCUUGUGACGCUUGCAGAGAGGAGUUCAAGCAGUACCUGCGACGGCCCGACCUGAAGCAAGAGUUUGUGUCCCAGUGGCAGCAGGACUAUAACAGUAUCCCCAAGGACAUGAGAGACGACGAGGACACCAAGGCAGAGCUGCACCAGCGUCUGGAUGUAGGCUACAGUAACACAAACGCCAUCAAAGCAAUGUCUGUGUGAUAUUUGCUCAAGUCUGUUGUUUUUCCCAUUGCUUGUCAAUGCUGAGAGUCUGUCUGUCUCUAUGUCGGUCCGUCUGUCUAUCCGUCCGUCCUUCUGUCUCGUCGGUCUGUCCUUCUGUCUGUCUGUCUGUGUCGUCUGUCUGUUUCUCUGUCUCUAUGUUGGUUCCGUCCGUCCGUCUGUCUCGUCGGUCUGUCCUUCUGUCUGUCCUUCUGUCUGUCUGUCUGUGUCGUCUGUCUGUUUCUCUGUCUCUAUGUUGGUUCCGUCCGUCCGUCUGUGUUCGUCGGUCUGUCCUUCUGUCUGUCUGUGUCGUCUGUCUCUCCGUCUGUCUCGUCUGGUGUCGUGACAUUGCAGGACCUGCGCGAGCGUCUGUGGGACAUUUGUGAUAAGCGUAAAGAGGAAGCGGGGCAGGAGCGAGCGGCGGUCAUGUGCGACGGCUGGCUAGAAGACCACACGGCAGUGCUCAUCAACCAUUUCUCCACACUGAUGCAGGUGAAGCUCCUCCCAUCCUGCUCAUGAACAUUUUAUCCCAGCAUCAACCAGAACCAAAUCUCACGUGCGCUUGCCAGCUGACAAUAAAAAGCAAGUUGAAAUGAGAAUCUCUAUUGAAAAUUUGCUCCAGGGGUGCCAUACUACUACGGCUGACCCUUUAAAACAACACAUAUCACUGCACUUUUCACAACACAUUUCACUGGUGUGUGUGACAAUAAAACAUCUAAUAUAUAUAUAUAUAUAUAUAUAUAUAUAUAUAUAUAUAUAUAUAUAUAUAAAUAUAUACAGUACCAGUCAAAUGUUUGGACACACCUACUCAUUCAAGGGUUCUUCUUUAUUUUUACUAUUUUCUACAUUGUAGAAUAAUAGUGAAGACAUCAAAACUAUGAAAUAACACAUAUGGAAUCAUGUAGUAACCAAAAAAGUGUUCAACAAAUCAAAAUAUAUUUUAGAUUCUUCAAAGUAGCCACCCUUUGCCUUGAUGACAGCUUUGCAUACUCUUGGCAUUCUCUCAACCAGCUUCACCUGGAAUGCUUUUCCAACAGUCUUGAAGGAGUUCCCACAUAUGCUGAGCACUUGUUGGCUGCUUUUCCUUCACUCUGCGUUCCGACUCAUCCCAAACCAUCUCAAUUGGUUUGAGGUCGGGUGAUUGUGGAACCCAGGUCAUCUGAUGCAGCACUCCAUCACUCUCCUUGGUCAAAUAGCCCUUACACAGCCUGGAGGUGUGUUGGGUCAUUGUCCUGUUGAAAAACAAAUGAUAGUCCCACUAAGCGCAAACCAGAUGGGAUGGCGUAUCACUGCAGAAUGCUGUGGUAGCCAUGCUGGUUAAGUGUGCCUUGAAUUCUAAAUAAAUCACAGACAGUACCACCAGCAAAGCACCCCCACACCAUAACACCUCCUCCUCCAUGCUUCACGAUGGGAACCACACAUGCAGAGAUCAUCCGUUCACCUACUCUGCAUCUCACAAAGACACGGCGGUUGGAACCAAAAAUCUCAAAUUUGGACUCUUCAGACCAAAGGACAGAUUUCCACCAGUCUAAUGUCCAUUGCUUAUGUUUCUUGGCCCAAGCAAGUCUUUUCUUCUUUUUGGUGUCCUUUAGUAGUGGUUUCUUUGCAGCAAUUCGACCAUGAAGGCCGGAUUCACACAGUCUUCUCUGAACAGUUGAUGUUGAGAUGUGUCUGUUACUUGAACUCUGUGAAGCAUUUAUUUUGGCUGCAAUUUCUGAGGCUGGUAACUCUAAUGAACUUAUCCUCUGCAGCAGAGGUAACUCUGGGUCUUCCUUUCCUGUGGUGGUCCUAAUGAGAGCCAGUUUCAUCAUAGCGCUUUAUGGUUUUUGCGAAUGCACUUGAAGAAACGUUCAAAGUUCUUGAAAUGUUCCGUAUUGACUGACCUUCAUGUCUUAAAGUAAUGAUAGACUGUCAUUUCUCUUUGCUUAUUUGAGCUGUUCUUGCCAUUAUAUGGACUUGGUCUUUUGCCAAAUAGGGCUAUCUUCUGUAUACCCCCCCUACCUUGUCACAACACAACUGAUUGGCUCAAACGCAUUAAGAAGGAAAUAAAUUCCACAAAUUAACUUUGAACAAGGCACAACUGUUAAUUGAAAUGCAUUCCAGGUGACUACCUCAUGAAGCUGGUUGAGAGAAUGCCAAGAGUGUGCAAAGCUGUCAUCAAGGCAAAGGGUGGCUACUUUGAAGUAUCUCAAAUAUAAAAUAUAUUUUGAUAUUUUUUAACACUUUUUGGUUACUACAUGAUUCCAUAUGAGUUACUUCAUAGUUUUGAUGUAUUCACUAUUAUUCUACAAUGUAGAAAAUAGUUAAAAAUUGAGAAAAACCCUUGUGUCCAAACCUUUGACUGGUACUGUAUAUAUAAUAUAUAUUCAUAUUUUUUGUCCAGGACUAGGAUUAAUAUGUGUCUGGGAAACCGCCCCUAAUUGUUAAACCUGUCAUGAGAGACUGUCUAAUUACUUACGUGUAUAAAUCAAUAAGUGUAUAAGUGAAUACAUGUAUAAGUGAAUACGUGUAAAAGUGAAUACGUGAUUGUUUCAGGUUUGGUUUUUAUCUCCAUUUCGAGGUUGGUUAGCACAUUAGCUGAGGUGCGCACUGAUGUUGUACUAAUGUUGUCCUUCUCCAGGUGGAAGUGGACCGAUUCCAGGACUCUCUGCGUCUCCUGCGGGAUUACUACACAGGCAUGUACAGACAGGUGCUGCCUGAGGCGGGGCCAGAAUUCACCUGCAUACCACUGCUAGACAUUGUGGCGCUGGAGGAGCCAGGAACCCAGACGGACAAAUCCAAGAGGCAAGCAGAAGGCUGCUGCUCAGGGGAAGGGAUUCAUCCUGAUUCAUCAGAAAUACCUCGGGUGUAUUCACUAGAAACCAUACUGAACCAAAUGGAAACAAACAGGGACGGUGUGUAACAGACACAUCUCAACGCUACCUACAUUUGUCCAAUAAUAAAACUCUUGUUUUGUUAGCUAAAUAUUUUUCCAUUAUAAAACGUUUUGCUACGGUGUGCCCUAAUGAAUACACCCCUGAUUUUCUGACAGUUAUUCUCCAUUGACUGUUGUCUUAGGUCUAUCUCUAUGUAGUGUUGUGGUGUCUCUCUUGUCGUGAUGUGUGUUUUGUCCUAUAUUUUUAUUUUUAAUCCCAGCGCCCGUCCCCGCAGGUGGCCUUUUGCCUUUUGGUAGGCCGUCAUUGUAAAUAAGAAUUUGUUCUUAAGUGACAUGCCUAGUUAAAUAAAGGUUAAAUAGAAAUAAAUAAAAAAUCAAAUUGAUUUAUAAUAGAAACUGACCUAGCUAGCUACAAUCCCCUAGCCAAAAUCCUGGUUUUCUGUCAGUUAUCAUCCGUUUAUGCAGAGCCUAAUAAAGUGGCCCUUUAUGCAGUCAUGGUUACCAUUUGAACUGGUAUGCCGUUGCCAGUCAGGGAGAGUCACAGCUAUUUCAAUAGUUCCUACCUUUGCUUAUUUAGGGGCAUUGACAGUAUAAGGUUUUUCGACGAUAGUUCCUGUCGUCUCACCAUCAAACACUCCUCUCCCUCCAGUUCUGAAAGAGUCACCAAGAGUGCUGGUAAAAGAGACACUGGAGGAGAUGAGAAGAAGACAUCCAAAGUGUAAGAGAAAGAGAAAGUCCAGUCUACCCAGACUACCUCACCGUGGUAAAAUAUACACACCUUAAAGGGAUAUUUCAUUCAAAAACUAUAUUGUGGAAUUUUGUUCACAUUAGUCCACUGUUAAUGCAAUCCCAUUUUUGUUUGCGUGUCAGCAGUCAGGUUUUCAAGAUAAAAGACACUUUCAGUACAGAGCAAAAACUUGCAUUGAUGAUGCGUUUUGCAUCAUGUGAUUGUGUUCUCUGUUAUUGCAGUGUUCCGCUGAUUCCCCGGAGACCUCCGUCUACUGAAGUGGCCUCUACGAAACAGAAAGGCUUCCAGGACCCUGACGAGAAGCUGCUGCAUGACAUCUAUCAGACUGCUCUGACAGCCAUCAACAACAUGGUGAAGAAGUGUGUGUGUGUGGUGUGGUGUGUGUGUGUGUGUGUGUGAGUAUGUGUGUUUCUCAUGGGUAGUUGUGUGUGUCCAGGUGUCAGCGGAGGCGGCGCAGCGCGAGGCGGAGGAGAGUGAGGAGGCUCAGCAGCAGAUGGACAGAGAGCGGCUACAGAGAAUGUCCCAAGCCUCCGCCGCCGCAGCCAACUCUGGCAAGGACAAGAAGAAAGCUGGCACCAGGAAGAAAGGUUGGACUUAUUCUACCCCAGGGGUAUUCAAAUCCGAGCCAGGCCUUAUUUUGGAGUGUAAAUUGGAUGACUUCUUUUUUUAGGCCCCCCCUCCCCUGCUCAGGAGCCCAGCCCACCCCCUCCCCCAGAGGAAGACUCAGAGGAGGUCUGCAGGAGGGCCAUACGGACCAAAAUCAGACAAGAGUAUGCUGCAGCCCUUGACCAUGAAGGUACCUAACUACAGCAUUGGCUGAGCCUUUCUGAUUCUCUUCCACAUUUAACCUGUAUCCUAAAUGGCACCCUAUUACCUAUAUAGUGCACUACUUUUGUCCAGGGUCCUGCUAUAACCUACAUAAUGCACUACUUUUGACCAGAUCCCUAUGGGCCCUAUAAAGGUAGUAGGGUGCCAUUUUAGACUUCCAUGUCAUAAUAAUGACAGACUGUAGCUUUUAGACUUCCAUAUCAUAAUAAUAACAGACUGUAGCUUUUAGACUUCCAUAUCAUAAUAAUAACAGACUGUAGCUUUUAGACUUCCAUAUCAUAAUAAUAACAGACUGUAGCUUUUAGACUUCCAUAUCAUAAUAAUAACAGACUGUGGAUUUUAGACUUCCAUAUCAUAAUAAUAACAGACUGUAGCUUUUAGACUUCCAUAUCAUAAUAAUAACAGACUGUAGCUUUUAGACUUCCAUGUCAUAAUAAUAACAGACUGUAGCUUUUAGACUUCCAUAUCAUAAUAAUAACAGACUGUAGCUUUUAGACUUCCAUGUCAUAAUAAUAACAGACUGUAGCUUUUAGACUUCCAUAUCAUAAUAAUAACAGACUGUAGCUUUUAGACUUCCAUAUCAUAAUAAUAACAGACUGUAGCUUUUAGACUUCCAUGUCAUAAUAAUAACACACUGUAGCUUUUAGACUUCCAUAUCAUAAUAAUAUCAGACUGUGGAUUUUAGACUUCCAUAUCAUAAUAAUAACAGACUGACACGUUGCUUUCCUGCCUGGUGUAAUACAGCAUGUGGCCACUUGGGACGUUAUCUCUGUUUUCAAUCAACUGGCUGUUAUCAGUCAACUGUCUGUUAUCAAUCAACUGGCUGUUAUCAGUCAACUGUCUGUUAUCAAUCAACUGGCUGUUAUCAAUCAACUGGCUGUUAUCAAUCAGCUGGCUGUUAUCAAUCAACUGGCUGUUAUCAAUCAACUGGCUGUUAUCAAUCAACUGGCUGUUAUCAAUCAACUGGCUGUUAUCAGUCAACUGGCUGUUAUCAAUCAACUGGCUGUUAUCAGUCAACUGGCUGUUAUCAAUCAACUGGCUGUUAUCAGUCAACUGGCGGUUAUCAAUCAACUGGCUGUUAUCAGUCAACUGGCAGUCAUCAGUCAACUGGCUGUUAUCAAUCAACUGGCUUUCAUCAGUCAACUGGCUGUUAUCAAUCAACUGGCUGUUAUCAGUCAACUGGCUGUUAUCAAUCAACUGGCUGUUAUCAAUCAACUGGCUGUUAUCAGUCAACUGGCUGUUAUCAGUCAACUGGCUAUUAUCAAUCAACUGGCUUUCAUCAGUCAACUGGCUGUUAUCAAUCAACUGGCUGUUAUCAAUCAACUGGCUUUCAUCAGUCAACUGGCUGUUAUCAAACAACUGGCUGUUAUCAAUCAACUGGCUGUUAUCAGUCAACUAGCUGUUAUCAGUCAACUGGCUGUUAUCAAUCAACUGGCUUUUAUCAGUCAACUGGCUGUUUUCAAUCAACUGGCUGCUAUCAAUCAACUGGCUGUUAUCAAUUAACUGUCUUUUAUCAAUCAACUGGCUGUUUUCAAUCAACUGGCUGUUAUCAAUCAACUGGCUGCUAUCAGUCAACUGGCUGUUAUCAGUCAAUUGGCUGUUAUCAGUCAACUGGCUGUUAUUAAUCAACUGGCUGUUAUCAGUCAACUGGCUGUUAUCAGUCAACUGGCUGUUAUCAGUCAAUUGGCGGUUAUCAAUCAACUGGCUGUUAUCAGUCAACUGGCAGUCAUCAGUCAACUGGCUGUUAUCAAUCAACUGGCUUUCAUCAGUCAACUGGCUGUUAUCAAUCAACUGGCUGUUAUCAAUCAACUGGCUGUUAUCAGUCAACUGGCUGUUAUCAAUCAACUGGCUGUUAUCAAUCAACUGGCUGUUAUCAGUCAACUGGCUGUUAUCAGUCAACUGGCUGUUAUCAAUCAACUGGCUUUCAUCAGUCAACUGGCUGUUAUCAAUCAACUGGCUGUUAUCAAUCAACUGGCUUUCAUCAGUCAACUGGCUGUUAUCAAUCAACUGGCUGUUAUCAAUCAACUGGCUGUUAUCAGUCAACUGGCUGUUAUCAGUCAACUGGCUGUUAUCAAUCAACUGGCUUUUUAUCAGUCAACUGGCUGUUUUCAAUCAACUGGCUGCUAUCAAUCAACUGGCUGUUAUCAAUUAACUGUCUUUUAUCAAUCAACUGGCUGUUUUCAAUCAACUGGCUGUUAUCAAUCAACUGGCUGCUAUCAGUCAACUGGCUGUUAUCAAUCAACUGGCUGUUAUCAGUCAACUGGCUGUUAUCAAUCAACUGGCUUUUAUCAGUCAACUGGCUGUUUUCAAUCAACUGGCUGUUAUCAAUCAACUGGCUGUUUUUAGUCAACUUGCUGUUAUAGGAUAGGAUAAAGUAAUCCUUCUAACCCCCCCCCCCAAAUUGUAAAGUGGUUAUCCCACUGGCUAUAGGGUGAACGCACCAAUUUGUGAGUCGCUCUGGCUAAGAGCGUCUGCUAAAUGACGUUAAUGUGCCCUUGAGCAAGGCACUUAACCCUAAUUGCUCCUGUAAGUCGCUCUGGAUAAGAGCGUCUGCUAAAUGACUAAAAUGUAAAAAUGUAAAUGUUAUCAGUCAACUGGCUGUUUUUAAUCAACUGGUUCAUUUUGUCCCUAGUUAGCAUAGUAUCCACUGUCCUCGUGUUGCUUAAGAGCAAAACAUGAAUGAAUGAAAUGUAUAGGGUCUCAAGAUUGUGGGGGCUAUUUUGUUAGACUUCAGUGCGGCUUUUGACAUUAUCGAUCAUAGUCUGCUGCUGGAAAAAUUAUGGUAAUGGCUUUACACCCCCUGCUAUAUUGUGGAUAAAGAGUUACCUGUCUAACAGAACACAGAGGGUGUUCUUAAUGAAAGCCUCUCCAACAUAAUCCAGGUAGAAUCAGGAAUCCCCCAGGGCAGCUGUCUAGGUCCCUUACUUUUUUCAGUCUUUACUAACGACAUGCCACUGGCUUUGAGUAAAGCUUUGAAUAAAGCCAGUGUGUCUAUGUGCACUAUACACACACGUACACAUGGAUUUUGUGUUGUAGAUAUGUGGUAGUGGAGUAUGGGCCUGAGGGCACACACUUAGUGUGUUGUGAAUUGUGUAAUGAAUGUAUUGUAAUGUUUUUAAAAUUGUAUAAUGCCUUAAUUUUGCCGGACCCCAGGAAGAGUAGCUGCUGCCUUCGCAGCAGCUAAUGGGGAUCCAUAAUAAAUGCAAAUACAAAUACAAAUUCUUUCAUGUACCCCACCCUCCCAGACAGUGCAGUGAAGGUGCGUGUGGAGCUGGUCAAGGCCUGUGCUUUGUGCAUGGUGAGGGGUCUGCACAGACGGGCAGAGCAGGCCUUCAGGACCAUGGAGGAGUGGCUGGGAGCCCGCUUCCUGGCUGAGAUGAACAGGUACGCUCCGGGGUGAAGUUUCCCCUAGGUACAGGUCUAGGAUCAGAUAUCCCUCCCCAAGCCUAACCUUAACCAUUAGUGUGGAAAAUGCUAAACUGACCCAAGUUCAGCAUCUAGGGUCAACUUCACCCUACUUCUCUGUCCCCCCAGCAUUGACCAGCUGGCUGAUGUGGUGCGUCACCACAUCGAGUCGGCCGCCAAGCUCCAGUGUGAGCUGAUGCUGGUAUGCACCGACUUCUUCCUGAACGGGGACAUUCGGGUGGUGGUCAGCCCCCCUCCCCCUCCCCGCCCUGCCCCUCUGGAGCUCCCCAUAGACAGCACUCUCACCAUCCUGCAGUUGGAGGCCUUCUACCACCAGCUACGCAAGGUGGCGCCCACAGGUCUGCAACAAUAAUAUACGUACACAGUAUUACCCCAGUAUAUGUACUAAUAUACAGUACCAGUCAAAAGUUUGGACAUACCUACUCAUUCAAGGGUUUUUCUUUAUUUUUACUAUUUUCUACAUUGUAGAAUAAUAGUGAAGACAUCAAAACUAUGAAAUAACACAUAUGGAAUCAUGUAGUAAACAAAAAAGUGUUAAACAAAUCAAAAUAUAUUUUAUAUUUGAGAUUCUUCAAAUAGCCACCCUUUUCCUUGAUGACAGCUUUGCACACUCUUGGCAUUCUCUCAACCAGCUUCAUGAGGUAGUCACCUGUAAUGCAUUUCAAUUAACAGGUGUGCCUUGUUAAAAGUUAAUUUGUGGAAUUUCCUCGCAUCCUUUCUCCUCACCUCCUUCUCAAAACGCAUUGGAGGAGAAGAUCCGAGGUUCCUCCCCUCUGACCUCCUCCAAUGCAUUUUGAGAAGGAGGUGAGGAGAAAGGAUGCGAGGAAUCAAGGAUUCAUCCCUUGAUACACUUGAGAUUCCCUCAUUAACUCUCUGUGUUUCCCGUCAGGUGUGCAGUGCAGUACCGACUUCUGGGAGAUCCUGCAGGAGCUCACCUCUCUGAACAUGGGGACCAACGCUCUGCCAGACCCCUGGAUGCACAUCUCUGAGACUCAGGUACACUCACUGACUAACUGACUGACUGACUGACUCACUGACUAACUGACUGACUGACUGACUGACUCACUGACUCACUGAUUGACUGACUGACUGACUGACUGACUCACUGACUGACUCACUGACUCACUGAUUGACUGACUGACUGACUGACUGACUGACUCACUGACUAACUGACUGACUGACUCACUCACUGACUGACUGACUGACUGACUGACUGGCUGACUGGCUGACUGACUGACUCACUAACUGACUGACUGACUGACUGACUGACUGACUGACUCACUGACUGACUGACUCACUGACUGGCUGACUGGUUGACUGGCUGACUGGCUGACUGACUGACUGACUGACUCACUGACUGACUGACUCACUGACUGACUGACUCACUGACUGGCUGACUGGCUGACUGACUGGCUGACUCACAACAUGGCUACUAGGAUGUCAUCACGGCCACAAACAGUCAUGUUCUCAUGAACAGACAUGGAGAGUUUUAAAUGUGUUUGUGUGAAAUGUGUGUGUGUGUGCACGUGCGUGUGUGCGUGCGUAUGCAUGUGUGUGUGUGCAGCUGAUGGAGCUGGUGUCGAUGCUAACCCAGGACACAGAGAUGCUGGACUGGCGUCAGUUCCUGCUGAGUGCCGCCCUCCCCUGGCCCACGCCCACUCUGCCUCAGCUGGUGCAGGUGUUGGCCCGCUUCAAUAUGGCGGACACUGGGACCACAGGCUCUUUGACUGAGGAGCAGUACUUACAGGUACCUUCCUACGCUAUGGGGUGAAGUUUCCCCUAGGUACAGAUCUAGGAUCAGUUUCCCCUCCCCCAAUCCUAACCUUAACCAUUAGUGGGGGAAAUGCUAAACUGACCCCAGAUCAGCGUCUAGGGGAAACUUUACCCUACACCACCUACCUACAGUACACUGCCAGCUCUUCGACAAACUCUGCUAUCACCAUCACCUUUCCAAUUGCACACAAUGAUAAUAGCACUUUUUAAACAUAUGGCGCUCAAAUCUUUGUCUUGGUUAGCGUCAACUGACGGCUGCCAAAAUUUAUGAAUUGCAUCAUUACUGGUGGUAGGCGAAGACUUGACAUUGUCGCUCAUACUAUUUUCUUGCUUCAUUAUUAGGUUGAGUUGUGGUUCCCCAGUGAGCGGGCACUGCCCAUUCCCGAAGACCUGUCUGAGCCACUUCCCUACGAUCGCUUGGCUAAUCUACGGAAGGUACACAUAUCAACAACAACGAGACCUGGGUUCAAAUGCUAUUAGAAAUAUUUUAAAUACUUUUAGUGCUUAGUUAAGCCUGUCUGGAGUCCCAGAUGGGUGGGGUUUGCAGUUUUGCAACUAUUCUAUUGAUUCAAUUGAGCCAGUAUUUGAAAUGAUUUUAAAUAGUAUUUGAACCCAGGUCUCACAACAACCAACUGCUUGAAUUUAUAACUGGAAUAAUACAAAUCAUUACACAAUGUUGCAUUGAUAACUAAUCAGCAAAUAUUUCUUGCAGUUUUUCUUCCUGCUUUUCGCCGACCCCGAUUGCUCGCCAGCUCGCGUCGACUACGUGACCAUGCUGCUGUACUUCGCCGCCCAUCCUGACCCUGUGCAGGGCUUUGUCCGAGCUCUCAGUGUCCUCAUGGGACACCCCCCUUCGACACCACUCUAGCAGUAAACUUCUCAAGGUGGCGACGUCACUCUGCAUCCAAGGCUGCAUUUGAAACCGGCAGCCUAUUCCCCUAUAUAGAGCCCCGGCUCUAGUCAAAAGUAGUAUACUAUAUAGGGGAAUAGGGUACCGUUAAGGUCUAUACUAUAUAGGGGAAUAGGGUACCGUUAAGGUCUAUACUAUAUAGGGGAAUAGGGUACCGUUAAGGUCUAUACUAUAUAGGGGAAUAGGGUACCGUUAAGGUCUAUACUAUAUAGGGGAAUAGGGUACCGUUAAGGUCUAUACUAUAUAGGGGAAUAGGGUACCGUUAAGGUCUAUACUAUAUAGGGGAAUAGGGUACCGUUUUGGUCUAAACUACACCUCAUAGUCCCUAUUAGAUGUAUCAUGUGCAUAUGUUUCAAGUCCAGUGUCAUCAACAUACUGUAUAUUCAUACAUCCCUCUGUAAUUCCUCCUAUAGUAAUCCAGGCUUGAUAACUAAGUAGUAGUGGUAGUAGUAGUAGUAGUAGUAGUGUAGUAGUAGUAUUAGUAGUAGCAGUAGUAGUAGUAGUAGUAGUAAAUAGCAGUAUUAGUAGUAGUAUGUAACAAUAGUAGUAGUAGUAGUAGUAGUAGUAGUAGUAGUAGUAGUAGUAGUAAAGUAAUAGUAGUAGUAGUUAGUAGUAAUAGUACGCGUAGUAGUAGUAGUAGUAGUAGUAGUAACAAUAGUAGUAGUACUAGUAGUAGUGUAGUACCAUAGUAGUAGUAGUAGUAGUAGUAGUAGUAUUGUAGCGUUGUAGUAGUAGUUUGUAGUGUCAGUAGUAGUAGUAGUAGUAGUGUAGUACGUCGUCGUAGUAGUAGUCGUAGUCGUCAGUAGUCAGUAGUAGUAGCGUCGUAGUAGUAGUAGUAGUAGUGUCAGUAGUAGUCGUAGCAUCGUAUCGUAGUAGUAGUAGUCUUAGUCGUAGUACAGUCGUCGUAGUAGCGUCGUAGUCUGUGUGUAUCUUCGUAGUAGUAGUCUAGUCGUAGUGAGUUAAAUAGUAGUCGUGUAGUAUAGUCGUACAUAGUACUCCUGCAGUAGGCGUGGUUAGGACUGGAUCGCAGUGUAAGUGUAGUAGAGAUCUGUUCGAAUAGGCUCGUGCAGCGGCCGGACCGGUAGGGCAAGCCCAGUAGUAGGGUAGUGGAACGAUAGUAGCUCAGUAUAGAGCAUGGUUUACGCAGGGGGUGGUAUUCGAUUAGGGGAGUAUAAAAAUUUUUAAUGUCGCUCUAUAAAGGUCUGUAAAUACUAAUUAUAAAAGUAGUAGUAGUAGUAGUAAGUAGUAGUAGUAGUAGUAACAUGUAGUAGUAGUAACAAUAGUAGUAGUAGUAUAGUAGUUAGUAACAUAGUAUAGUAUAGUAGUAGUGUAGUAACAAUAUAGUAUAGUAAAUAGUAGUAGUAGUAUAGUAUUAGUAGUAGUAGUAGUAACAUAGUAGUAUUUGUAGUAUGUAGUAACAAGUAGUAGUAUUAGGCAGUAAGUAAUUUUAGUAGUUAAAUAACAAUAAAUAGUAGUAUAAGUAUAUAUUAGUAUAGGGUUUUAGUAUGUAUUAUAAAAAUAUAUUAGUAGUAGUAUGUAGUAUAAGUAUAUUUGUUAAGUAGUAGUAGUAGUAGUGUAGUGUAGUAGUAGUAGUAGUAGUAGUAGUAGUAUAGUAGUAGUAGUUAGUAGUAGUAUAUAGUAGUAGCAUAGUAGUAGUAGAUAGUGUAGUAGUAGUAGUAGUAGUAGUAGUAGUAGUAGUGUAGUAGUACAUGUAGUAGUAGUAGUAGUAGUAGUAAGUAGUAGUAGUAGUAGUAGUAGUAGUAGUAACAGUAGUAGUAGUAGUAGUAGUUAGUAGUAGUAGUAACAGUAGUAGUAGUAGUAGUAGUAGUAACAGUAGUAGUAGUAGUAGUAGUAGUAGUAGUAGUAGUAGUAGUAGUAGUAGUAGUAGUAGUAGUAGUAACAAUAGUAGUAGCAGUAGCUUGGUCUUGGUGGGAUAGCUCAGAGCGUCUGCUCUUUUCUAUUCAUUGUUUGAUGACUAACUGUGAAUUUGUAGUCAGUGCCUUACAUGGAGGAGGGGUUGAGUGAGUCGACCGAGCAGGAGGAGGAGGUGGAGACUGAGGGGGGGCCAAGAGGGGAUGAGGGGGUGUCCAUCCCUGCCCUCCUCAGAGCCAUCUGUCACGGGGGAGCCCGGGGGGCGUGCCACAACCGCUUCCGCCCCAACUGGAAGAGUCCUGAGGAAUAUAAAGAGGUACAGGACAGGAGUUUCACUCACUUCUGUAAGAUAUAUAUAACCUGGUCCCAGAUCUGUUUGUGCUGUCAUGGCGAAACAGAUCUGGGACCAGGCUAGAAGACAUAUGAAACACUACUUCCUCCUUAAUCAUAUUGCCUAUGUUGCUGUUUAUGCCGAAGGAUGAGUGAAUUUUACCCACUCUUACCCACACUUACCUAACACUUCACAGUGAUUGGUAGCAUUUUGAAAAUUCAUUUGCAAAAAAAAUAAAAUGUACCUCAUUUUGACUUCCCGGGAUGAACGGAACUAUCUACCUGAUUGAUAAACGAUUUUAACAUCAAUCUGUCUUUUGAACGAAAAUGUGUAGAUGUUGUUUUGGAGCUGCUUGUUAAGUCUAGGAUUGUUCGUUGCCCACAGGACUUUGUGAAGGUCUACAGAGAACUGGGGUACAAGGUUGAGGACAAGAUCCCAUUCUCCAUCCUAUCCCAGCAUCCGGUCAUACAAGAUCUGAUCGAGGGCUCUGCUCAAUACCAACUCAUUGUUAGUAUGGACCAAUAGGAAACUCUUAUCUUCACACUCAAAUAUAAAAACACUGUUACUAUUCACAACACGAUACCUGGGUUCAAAUAGUAUUGGUUUUCUUUCACAUACUUUGAACGUUAGUUUGAGUCUGCCGGAUGGGUGGGUUCUGCGCGCCUUUGGGACUGUUUCCAUUGGUCCCAAGAUUAAUCAAGCACAGCUCAAAUAUUUGAAAGAAAACGACGACUAUUUGAAUCCAGGUCCUAGCCCAUAAAGAAAGACAAUCCCUCUUCGCGAGUUCUUAUUGAACAGUGAUCAAGCUAACCUCUCCAUGCUCUCCCUCUCAUUCCCAGGAUAUUCACCAAGCUCUGCAGGUCCAACAGAGCGAAGGGGAGCCUCUGUCUUUGGCGGUGUCU